CUCUCACAUUUCUUGUUACGUUCUUUCAAAAUCCAUCUCUCGCAUUGAUUCUUCAACUCUCAAAGAAUCGCAAGUCUUGCUAUUGAAAGAAUCGGAAGAAAGAAAAGAGAUCAAGAAGAGUCAUGGUGUCUCCGGGACGGAGUGAAUCUACCUCCGGCGACAACAAUUCACCCCCUCCCGACGGAAGCAGCGAGAAGAGACCUUCACCUUCUCCAGCAGAUAAAUCUCCAUCCAAACGCCAAAAGUUGGAAGGUGGCGGCGCUUCGGCGGCUAAAGAAACCGAUACACUACCUCCUGCGGAUUCUGGUAAAUGCGUGUUAGGCGACAAUACUUCAACCUCCGAAGACGCCAAGAUUGAUGCCUAUGCGGUGGCUGUUACGACGGCGCAACCACCACCGGUUGCGGAAGGCUCAACACCGAUUUUGGAAGAGAAUGCAAAUUUUGCAAGAUGGAUAUACUUACACAGUAAGUUUGAGUUCCCGUGGUGUCGAUUGAUAUCACAGUCUGCACAGUAUCCAAGCAUUGAAAUUUUUCAAUCAACCUACACUGUUGGUUCUAGUGUAACCUGCUCUUUCACAUUCGAAGACCGGGAACUCAGUUCAUACUUGUUCAAGAUCACAAGAAUUCAGCGCAAAGGCAAUGUUGUAGCGGUUCUAGAGACUACAGGAAAGAGGGGAUAUGUGUUGGUAAACAGAAUAUAUGUAGAGAAGAAAGUCAACCAUGUGCUAAACUCUGGUGACGAAGUGGUUAUUCGUUUUAGCAGGAAAACCUAUGCUUUCAUAUAUCAGCAACUGCCUAAAGUUCCAGCAAAAGCUGGUUCAGUUCAGGUUCCUGCAGGAAAGUUUCUAGAGUUAGAGAGAGAGGCAAGAGAUCCAACAGGUAGUUCAAUUUUUUCAUCGCUUGAAAGCUUGAAGCACGACUUAUCUCGUCGAAAAUCAUCAAGCCAUGAAUCCAGUAAGAGCCACCAAGCGCCAGAGUCUGUGGUCCAAGUUGACGGCAUGGGAGCAGUCAGUAGCCACAACCAAGAUUCCAAAAUGCAGAUAUUAGAUGAGAAGAACGAGGUGACAAGUAAUUCACAACAAGCUUCAACAUCAGGCAAUGGUCUGCAAUCUGCAAUAGUCAGAGAAGGCAUUCAAGCUGGUAUUGUUGAAGGCGAAAACUUGGAAGUUUCAAUCAAAACUUUUCCCUAUUAUUUGAGUGAAUAUACAAAGGCUACCUUAAUACAUGCUUCAUUUAUACAUCUGAAGAAAAAAGAAUAUGCCCACUUUGUCUCCGACAUGACCCAUCUGAAUCCAAGGAUAUUGCUUUCUGGUCCCGCAGGGUCUGAAAUAUACCAAGAGACGUUAGCUAAAGCACUUGCCAAUGACCUGGACGCGAAAUUGCUAAUAUUUGACAGCCAUUCAAUUUUGGGGGCUCUGGCUGCUAAGGAAAUUGAGUCACUGAGGGAUGGACUUGCUUCUAAUAAGUCAUGUAAGCUUCCCAAUCAGAGUAUUGAGCUCAUUGAUCAAGGGAAAAGCCCGGAUUUGUCAGCUGGUGGAGGAGUUGCUUCUAGCCCUUCUCCGGCUGCUUCUUCUAGUUCUGACUCACAGCUAAAUUUGGAACCGGAGACUUUGCCUCUUUCAGUGAAUCAUACUUUGAAGAAAGGUGACAGAGUAAAAUUCGUCGGUACUGAGUUGUAUUCGGGGUCAUCUACCUUAGGCUUAAGGGGACCUCCUAAAGGGAUUACAGGGAAAGUAAUUUUAGUAUUUGAUGAGAAUCCUUCAGCUAAAGUGGGUGUUAGAUUUGAUAAGCCAAUACCUGAUGGAGUUGAUCUUGGUGAACUGUGUGAAACAGGACAUGGGUUCUUCUGCAAAGCUACUGAUCUGAAGUUCAAAAGCUCGAGUUCUGAGGCUCUAGCUAAAUUACUUGUUAACACAUUGUUUGAGGUUGUCCAUACUGAGAGCAGAACUCGUCCGUUAAUUCUAUUUUUGAAAGAUGCUGAGAAAUCUGUUGUUGGAAAUUCCGAUUUGUACUCUGCGUUCCAAAUCAGACUUGAAUAUCUCCCAGACAACGUAAUUGUGAUCGGUUCACAGACACACUCUGAUCAUCUCAUGGAGAAGGAUAUUGGACGACAAAAGGAGCAAGGGAAUGAAGUCCCACAGGCAACAGAACUUCUAGCGGAGCUCUUUGAGAAUAAAGUUCCUAUUCAAAUGCCACAGGAUGAGGAACUUCUUACAUUGUGGAAGCAUCAAAUGGAUCGUGAUGCUGAGAUUUCGAAAGUGAAGGCUAAUUUCAAUCACUUGCGCAUGGUGUUAGGACUAUGUGGUCUGGGAUGUGAAGGAAUUGAGACGCUGUGCAUGAAGGAUCUCACACUUCAAAGCGACAGUGCAGAAAAGAUCAUUGGAUGGGCUUUUAGUAACCAUAUAAGCAAUAACCCUGAUACUGAUCCAGCUAAGAUUAUUUUGUCUCGUGAGAGCAUAGAAUUUGGAAUAGGACUCUUACAGGGUGAUCUUAAAGGUUCUAGGAGCUCAAAGAGGUCUCUCAAGGACAUUGUGACAGAAAAUGAGUUUGAAGAGAGGCUUCUAAGUGAUGUAAUUCUGCCCAGUGACAUUGAUGUUACAUUUGAUGACAUUGGGGCACUUGAGAAAGUCAAAGAUACCUUAAAGGAACUGGUUAUGCUCCCUUUACAACGGCCUGAACUUUUCUGCAAGGGGCAAUUAACAAAGCCUUGUAAAGGAAUUCUCUUAUUUGGACCUCCUGGUACUGGAAAGACCAUGCUUGCAAAAGCAGUGGCAAAGGAAGCUGUUGCGAACUUCAUCAACAUCUCAAUGUCAAGCAUCACAUCUAAGUGGUUUGGUGAGGGUGAGAAGUAUGUCAAAGCUGUCUUUUCUUUGGCCAGUAAAAUGUCCCCUUGCGUUAUCUUUGUGGACGAGGUGGACAGCAUGCUAGGCCGAAGAGAAAACCGACAGGGACAUGAAGCCAUGCGGAAGAUGAAAAAUGAGUUCAUGAUGCAUUGGGACGGUCUAACGACUAAGCAAAUGGAACGUGUUCUGGUUCUUGCAGCCACAAAUCGGCCUUUUGACCUUGAUGAGGCUGUCAUUAGACGGUUGCCCCGUAGGUUGAUGGUGGGACUACCAGAUACUUCAAAUAGAGCGUAUAUAUUAAAGGUUAUACUUGCAAAAGAAAACGUGUCCCCUGGUUUGGACAUUAAUUGGAUUGCUAGUAUGACUAAUGGAUAUUCUGGAAGUGAUCUUAAGAAUCUAUGUGUUACUGCUGCCCACCGUCCAAUCAAGGAGCUGUUGGAGAAGGAAAAAAGAGAGCGAGAUGCUGCUCUGGCUGAAGGCAAAGUUCCUCCAGCUCUAAGAGGAAGUUCUGAUCUCCGAGCUUUAAACAUGGAGGAUUUCAGAUACGCACAUGAGCGGGUGUGUGCGAGCGUCUUAAUAGAGUCUGCGAACAUGACAACGCUUCAACAAUGGAACGAACUCUACGGGGAAGGUGGAUACAGAAAGCAGCAAUCAUUCAGCUUCUACAUGUAGGAGUGGGAUUGACUAUAUUUUAGAAACCAUAACUCAAUUUUUGUCUCAAAAAGAGCUCCUGGUUGCAAGCAGAAUGCGUUGAAUAUAAUUUUUUCAAGUGAAUAGAAUAAAACAAUAAGUGAAAUAGGUUGAAUUAGAUGUUUUGUGUCCUAUAGCUGCUUAGGGUAUGGUAGUGAGUUCUGACCGGAUAACCGGUUUUAGUCGGAAUUUUGAUACUUGUUUGAACCUUACAGUUAAUACAAAAUUUUUACUCAGCGACUUUUUCGAUCUA